CUUUCCGUAUUUUAUUGAAAUUAUCGUGUAUUUAAUAAGUUUCCAUUUAUAAGUGUGCAUAAAAUAUUUAAUAUGUCACAGUUUGGUGGUCCAAAUGAUUUCUACACCACCGGGCCGGCGGAUGCCAGCUAUAAUUUUGAUGUGCCGGAAUUCGGGCAGGAACUCAAUUUUCAGAGCUUUGAUAACACCCAAAGCUCUGUGCCGCCUAAUUACGAUCCCCCCUACAACAAUCCCGGGCAAAAUCAAGGCCUGAGCAGCUUCUAUGAUCCGACGGCCUACACAGAGAACACGUAUGCACAGGACAAGAGUUACAAGCAGGGCGGAGAUGGAGCGGGCAAUGAGUUCGAUGAUGAGCCACCACUGCUGGAAGAGCUGGGCAUUAAUCCAAAUCACAUUUUCCAAAAGACACUUGCUGUGCUGAAUCCUUUGCGCGGCACUGAGCAACAAAUUCUACAGGACACGGACAUGGCCGGACCGCUGGUAUUUUGCCUCGCACUUGGCGGUUUCCUCCUGCUGAGUGGAAAAGUAACCUUCUCCUACAUCUAUGGCAUUGGCGUAAUGGGCUGCAUUUUCUUCUAUUGUCUGCUCUCGCUGAUGGUCACACGCGCUCAGGUUACCUUCGGUGCAGUGGCCUCGGUGCUCGGCUACUGUCUGCUGCCAAUGGUUGUCCUUUCAGGCAUCAACAUUUUAAUCACCAUUCAGGGCACACUCGGCCUAAUUGUGAGCGGCAUCUCCAUAUUGUGGUGCGCCAUAUCGGCAUCGAAACUAUUCGCCACAGCGUUCUCCAUGGACCAUCAACAGCUGCUGAUUGCCUAUCCGUGUGCCGUACUCUAUGGAGGAUUUGCGUUGAUUACCAUUUACUAGGCCGACCGACCAGCCGGACAGCUGCCCAGCCGGACAGCCGGCCAACCGACCACGCCUGCCACCGUUGUGUGCAGCAGCGUGUGCGCUUUUAAUUGUAACAAUCGGCAGAGUACACGCAAUGCAUAAAUGUUAAAAUAUAUAUAUGUAUAUACAACACAGACAUACCUACAAGUAUA